CUCAGCUAAUCACCAACUUCUUAAACCCCCUCGACUGCCACCCCUCGACGCCCACUAACCAUGACCACCACCCGAAGCACCCCCGGGGGCCAACUCGCAUGGCUCUCCGGCUUGACCACUGGUUUCAACGAUUUUAGUCCAGAGCAAAAGUAUCUCCGCAAGACCUCUAUCAUCGGUACCAUUGGACCCAAGACCAACAGCGUCGAAAUGCUUGAAAAGCUCAUGCACGCGGGUCUCAACAUUGUGCGAAUGAACUUCUCGCACGGAUCCUACGAGUACCACCAGUCUGUCAUUGACAACUCUCGAGAGGCAGCCAAAAAGUUUGGCGUCCGACCCGUUGCCAUUGCUCUUGACACCAAGGGACCGGAGAUCCGAACGGGACUGAUGAAGGACGACCAAGACGUGCCCAUUCCCGCCGGUCAUGAGUUCUACGUCACCACUGACAAAUCCCAUGCCGAAUCUGGCACUGCGGAAUGCAUCUUUAUGGAUUAUGCCAAUCUCCCCAAGGUCACCGCACCCGGCAAGCUCAUCUUUGUCGACGAUGGUAUCCUCUCCCUCCAGGUCGUCUCGAUCGAAGGCGACAAGCUCAAGGUCAAAUCGCUCAACGCCGGCACUCUCUCCUCCCGAAAAGGUGUCAACUUGCCCAAAACCGCUGUCGACCUCCCUGCCCUGUCCGAAAAGGACAAAGCCGACCUCGCCUUUGGUGUCAAGAACGGCGUCGACAUGAUUUUCGCCUCCUUCAUCCGUUCGGGCAACGAUGUCCGGGAGAUUCGCAAAGUCCUCGGCCCACAAGGCGCCUCGAUCAAAAUUAUUGUCAAAAUUGAAAACGAACAGGGAGUCCAAAACUUUGAUGAGAUCCUCAAAGAAACCGACGGCGUCAUGGUGGCACGAGGCGAUCUCGGUAUCGAGAUUCCCGCUAGCCAAGUGUUCAUGGCGCAGAAAAUGAUGAUUGCGAAAUGCAACGUCGCCGGCAAGCCCGUCAUCUGUGCGACCCAAAUGCUCGAGUCCAUGACCUACAACCCUCGACCCACCCGUGCCGAGGUCUCCGACGUCGCCAACGCCGUACUCGACGGCGCAGACUGUGUCAUGCUUUCGGGCGAGACUGCCAAGGGCAAGUAUCCCAUUGAGGCCGUCACCAUGAUGGCAGAGACCGCAUACCUCGCCGAGUCGGCCAUCUGCUAUCCUCCCCUGUUCGACCAGCUUCGUGACCUCGCCCCUCGACCCACUGAGACCGCCGAGACGCUCGCCAUGUCUGCCGUCGCCGCGUCUCACGAGCAAAAUGCCGGCGCCAUCAUCGUGCUGUCCACCAGCGGUGGAUCCGCUCGACUCUUGUCAAAGUACCGACCCGCGUGUCCCAUUAUCUGCGUGACCCGUAACGAUCGCACUGCUCGACAGCUGCACCUCUCCCGAGGCGUUUACCCCGUCUGGUACCCCGAGCCCCGAGGCAUCCCUGACGACAAGUGGCAGACAGACGUCGACAAUAGGAUCAGAUUCGGUCUCAAACACGCGCUCGGACUUCGUGUGGUCGCGCCGGAGGCAACAGUCAUGGCAGUGCAAGGCUGGAAGGGAGGUCUCGGACAUACCAACACCCUGCGAAUCCUCUCUGUUCCUACCGACCCUUCGGACCUUGACAUUCAGCCCAUUGAGCGGACUGGCGAGCAGUAGAAAGAUUUACUAUAGAUUUUUGACUCCAUAGAAAAUGAUGACCGUUUCACCGAUGCAUCGCGUUAGCCGAAUUUAC